GCUCACUCUUCCAGACUAUCCAUUUCACUUCGCUCCCCCCCCAAUCAUCAUCAUCAUCACAUAGCUUUCCAGCUCAUCAAUGGCCGAGCACCACCGUCUCGCACACCACCAGCGGCCAGCCGCGGACACGCAGAGCAUCAGGGAGCUCUUCCGGAUGGGACCCACUAAGUCCCAGGUGGUGGUCGUAUUGACCCUCCUCCCGGUCGGGGCCAUCCUCCUCCUCCUCGCUGGCCUCACCCUCGCAGGGACGCUCAUCGGCAUCGCGGUCACUGCCCCUCUGUUCGUCAUCUUCAGCCCCAUCCUGGUCCCUGCCACGCUCCUCAUCGCCUUUGCGGUCACCGGGUUCCUGACCUCAGGCGCGUUUGGGAUCACCGCCCUGUCGGCAAUCUCGUGGAUAGUGAACUUCAUCCGAAACAUGAGGGGGGCUUCGCUCUCUGAGCAGGUGGACCACGCCAAGCUUCGGGCCCUGGAAACGAUCGGUUACCUGGGCCACCGGACCAAGGAGGCGGGUCAGGCAAUACAGGACAAGGCCCACGAUGAGGGGCGAACCCAUGAGGGUGGAAGGACGCGUGAGGGCACAAGGGCCACAACCACAACCACAUGAUAGAUAAAUCUUCGGGUUAUCGGCUGGUUUCAGGCUCGUUAUGGACUCUAUGCAUAUGUUGCUUUGAUGUUGUUUCAUAUAUUUCAAAUAAUGGAUAACGGACUUUAUGCUCCUUGCUGUA